GAAUACAUCGUGCACUUCGCACCGUUACGCUCGCCCGUCAUACGUCUCCGCGUAAUUACGCAUUACGUAAUACGUAAUACCAGCUGACGACGAUGCGACGAGGACGGUGCGAACAGUGUUCGUGUUUGGAUUCGUCAAGGCUCGCGCGCGCGUCCAUCCGUUGCUCCGUCCUCGAUGUGCUCGGCGUGUUCGAUGCGCCCGACAUCGUGCUCGAAUAAAACGUUGGUAUGUGCACAUAUACGCGCGCGUGCUUAUAAUUCACACACGAGCGAACGAAUGGACGAACGGACAAACGUGACACCGUUUGCGCUACCGCGUUCUCCAAUUCUAUCGCUCGCGACGCGACGUCGCCGUUGUCGCGCGAGCGAUAGAAUGUACGUGUCAAGUCGAUGACUCGAAAUAUGAGUGAAGUGAGGAGACGAGCGAAACGAAAUUCGACGCAUAUCUGGUGAAUUUACGUUACUCGACGUUACUUUCUUUAUCUCGUCAUUGUCGUGUCGGUGAUUGGGGAUCCGCGGGAGAGCGCCGUCGAUUCCACGAAGCUGCCGCGAAACAUCGUUACUUUGCCGCGACAAAUCAGUUCUUGCUUAUUUGUCUCGCUUUUUUCUCUCACGUCACGCGUUCUACAGUUCCGUCCUCGUGCCUCGUGCUAAUCAUGGAACCAAGUUUCACGAAGCCCCCCCAUUGAUAUCUGACGAUUGACGCGCGAACGCGCGAACGAGCAAAAAUCAUUUUCACGCUAUCCCAUUGUAACCCGUGGACUUUAUUUCGCCGGUGGAAUCUGAGACUUCGCCUAGUAUUCUCACUGUGAAUCAAAAAUUUAUAGGAUGAUAAGAGAUAUCUUGGCGCGCGAAGCAUUGAUACAACAUGUGCGAUAUGAAAUAUAGAAAAUUAUAUCAAAUACAAUUGAUACACGCGGUAGACUUACUAGGUAUGAAAAUUUCGAGACUUGUUGUCAGCAAUAAUUAAAAGCAUUUUUUAUAUAAACAAAAUUAGUUCAACUUGAGAUCACGACAACGUUUCAAACGAUAUUUACGAUAUUUGUACGAUAAGUAAAAUUUGCGAAAUGCAAAACAAUCGCAACGGUGAUAACAAAUGUGCGAUAAACGAAAGCGUUCUUGCAUAAUUUGUGACAAAUAUAUAGCAUAAAACGUUACACGUUGAAGGAGUUGUGUGAUACAUGAGGAAACGCGUUUGUGGAACGCAGAAAACAAGAUGCCAUAAAAGUGCCAUCCGAAAUCAUCACUGGAUUAUCACACAUGACGUACGAAGAAAGGUUGAGACAUUCGCUAACGAAUAGUUGUCGCGAUAUUAAUUCCUCUCAUCAGAUUCAGAGACAGAGUAUACCGAUCACUGUCGUUUCUCUCGACGCGAAUGAAAAUUAAUAAUUCGAAAGCUUUUUUUACUCGAAAGGAAAGAGGAAGCGAAAGAAAUAUUUCUUGUCUGACGACAUUCUUUCGUUUCGAUUAUUUAUUAUUGAUAAUAUAUAUAUAUAAUACAUGCGGUAGCAUCUCCGAGAUACGUUUCACUUGGAUGUUCAUCUGGCGAUUUAAUCGUCCGCUUAUAUCGUCGCUCUUCGCAGCGGGAAGAAGAGUCGAAGAAUUGAUUCGAGAAGAUCCGCGACGAGAUCAAAUUGUUGGAAGGAAACGAGUCCCGAGAAGAAGAGUUUAAAUAAUAGUAAGAGAUGAAUGAGAUGAGACACGCUUUGACAGCUCUGCGAUCUCCCGUGAAGAAUUCGACCUUGAACAACGGGGUUGCGAGUGUCGCAACGGCGACAUGGUACGACGUCCCGACGCCGGUUAUCGUGCAUUGCCGUGAGUUUCAUGAGGAGACGGAACGUGAUGUCAUCAAGAACGACGAGGCGAGAAAACGUAAAAGAUUCUGUGAGGACGAGACGAGAAUGAGGUUUAUCGAGGAAAAGCCGAUGACCAAGUCCUCCGAGAGAGAUAUCGAAAAAGUCGGCUCAUCCAAGGACGCGGAGUCUUCAGAGUCUUUAGAGAAAGAUACGUCAGCUUUUAGCAGACUUUCAUCCUCCUCUGACAAGACGGGCGUCGGCAAGACGUCGUCGUAUCGAAACAAUGCGAACGCGGAUACGGACACGACGGAUGUAGUCGUGAAUAGAUUAAGUCAAACCCGCGCGGAAAUCAGAUCCUGCAAGCUUCAAGUGAAUCCUGAGUUUCACGUGGACGAGAGAACGACUCGAGAUGGGAAGAGACACAGCACUACGAUGGAAUUAAAUGCUACCACGACAGUGAAGACGGACGCUGAUGGAGUGCCGACGAUCAGCUUCAGCUUUUUGCGUGCCGAUGAAAAUCUUCACGAUGAUGACGAGAUCGUUAUUCUGGAAGUCGAUACGAGCGAUCAGGCUGACACCUCGGGAAAUCAGCUGUACGAUCUUCCUAAAAGCGCCAUCCUCGAGAGUAAUCGAGUCUUCGUGGAACAAGCCGCUCGUGAAAGCGUUAAGAAGAUCAACGAUGAAUCUCCGGUUCGUCCGGAUCUUUAUGACGUUCCAAAGGCGGCACGCAAAGAUGCGUCUUGGAACGAUUCGCGAGAGGAAGGGGCGCCAGAUUGUAAUCUCGAGCAGGAAAAUCGCAAGAUCGCAAACGUGAUUGUUUUACCCGAAAGAGGGAAGCGACAACGCGAUCGAACGAAACGUUCCACUAGAUCGCUCAAAUCUGGCAGAAGGAGCUAUGGUGCGUCGGAUAGCGAUGGUUACGAUGCCGGCAUAGCGUCGAUGUCGGGUUCGUACUCGGAUCCGGAAUGCCCGAACGAGGAGGCGGCGUUGUCGGAAAGCGGCGGUUCGGAUCGCAGCAAGCGGCUGAGACUGCAAAAGCAGCGAUUAGGCAAAGCUUGGAGUAGGAUGCGCAGCUGGUUGCGAGAGGAAAGAACCAGAAUUGGCGAAGUGGUCCACAGGCACGCCAAGUUGCAGGCGGUCGGCGCGCUCACUCCUGAGGUGCGAAGCAAUUCCAUCCCUGUGCGAACAUCUAAGAGCAAGCAGCGUGGUUUUUACGACCUGACGCGAGCUUGCGCCCAAGAGUCCGGCUCGAUCACCAAAGUGGAGGAGUUUGGUCUGUCGUCGGUAUCGGAGGAAAGAAACAUUUCCGAAGAUAUGGAGAGGCCAGUGUCGGCAAACGGCACGAGGAGAUUACAAGGCAAUCUGCGAAGAAAAACUGCCAGUUCGGAUGAUAUUCUGGAAAACAAUAGGAUAAGAUUACAGCCACCGGGAUCUUUUAGUAUGGAUAAGCUAUGUUCGCAUGUGGAGAACAGCGAAGCGAAAAUAAUGAGGGCGACCAACCAAACAACUCCAACGCCGACGCUGACGCCGACGCCUACGGCAGGAUUCAGCGGUGAUGCCGAAACGUCAAGGGACAGUGGGAAAAGUGGCCUAAUUAAAAGGAGAAUGCUCGGCUCGAUCAGAGGGUUAAUGGCCUCGACUCAUCUGUUGCAGACCCACGAGUCCGACGAGGGAGGACAAGGUGGUUUCGAGGAUGUGCGAAGAUAUGUUAAGCAAGGAGGCGACUUUUGCAAGGAAUUGGCAUCAAUUCUUCACGAAAGAGCCGAAUUGGAAGCCACUUAUGCGAAAGGACUUAGCAAACUCAGUAACAAGUUGACAAAGGCCUGCGCCAAGGAUCAAGGUGGUAAUAGCAACGGAGGUGUGAACGAGGCAUGGAGGUGUGUCGGCGAGGAGAUGGAGGCUGCGGCGGAAGCCCACCGGCUAUGGGGCAUAGCGUUGAGUGAACAACUGGCCAAACCACUCAGAGUGGGCGUAGCGGAGACGCAGAGUCGAUCGAGAAAGAGCGUUGAAAACUCGGUGGACAAGGCGUCCAAGUCCCUUCAGGAAUGGCGUGGGAUCGCGGCAAAAAGCAAAAAGCAGAGCUUUGCGUGCGCGCGCGAGAACGAGAGAUUGCAAGAUCUGGCGCGGUUGCAGACCAUUAGUCAAAGUCAGCAGAGCAACAACAGGUCGUCGAGUCAUCACGUGACGGAGAAGGAAGCGAGCAAACUGGAGGCUAGACGGAGGAAAGCCGAAGACUCGUCGCGCCGGGCGGACACAGAGUUUUACACGGUCAGCGUGAGAGCCGAGAGAGCCCGACUUGAAUACGAGAGCACGAUGAAGAAGGGCGCGAAGCAGAUGGAAUUGGUCGAGGAAGAGCGAUUGAGCGCUCUCAAAGACCUCGCCAAUGUCUACUUGACGCACUUGCAGGCGCUCGCGCCGCGAUUGCAACAGAGCGCCGAUCGCCUGCUAACGCCUGUGCGCAGUUGCAACGUGUCACAGGAUCUGGAGAUAUUAAAAAAUCUUGUACGCCGAAUGGACAAUCAUGAUGUGACGACGGCGGAACAGUUGCUGCCAGAUUUCUACGCCGAGCACGUUACCUUGGCGAUGAACCGCGAACGACGAAAGCAAGCCUUGGUGAGAGUACUGCAUCUGAUAAGGCAAGAUCUGGAGAGGGAAAGGCGAGGUAGAGAAGGUCUGGAAACUUUACAUCGAGCCUUCGUCAAAACUCCAGCGUUUGCGGCGGACGAGAGCACGCAAAACGUGACGGACAAGCUGCAUCAUAUGCGCUCAAUGUUGUUGUACUUGGAGGCGGCUAGAUAUAAAGUUGGCGGUACACUUGCCGAAGUGGAGGGUAGCAAACGGAGCAAACAUCCCUUAUCGGAGCAUAUCUUAGUUUCGAGAGAUAAGCAAGGCUUGCAGCAAAGUGUUCUCAAGAUUCCUUCUUGGGCAAAGAACGAAUCCUUUGAAAUUCAAGACAGCGACGACGAACUUGAGAUGCAUUUGGCGAAGGAUCAAGACACCGAGACUCGUGAUUGGGCCGAUCGAACGGCCGGUGACGGCAAUUCCGAGAAUCCACCGGAUGAGGAUGAUUUUAGCGAUUUUGACGAGUUCAGCAGUCACUCGGAGGAUAACAACAACCAGAUCGAUGGUACGGAAGUGGCGACGAGCAAGACCGAACGUGCGGAGCAGUGCCGAGCGAUCUAUCAGUACUCCGCGAAUCUAAAUGACGAGCUCAGUCUUAGUCCGGGAGAUCUGAUAACCGUCCAUCAAAAGCAGCCAGACGGCUGGUGGAUAGGCGAGUGUAGAGGCCGUACCGGUAUAUUUCCUGCCACUUACGUUCAAGUUAUUCAUUAAUAAAUACGAUUAAUUUGGCAUAUUAACAUUUAAAAGAUUUUCACGUAACAGGUACACAAUAUGACAUGACGAGACGUAAUGAUGACAGUAUCUUUCAGUAUUUGGCUUCGUUAAAUCUGGUAAGAAUAUUAUGAUGUGCCAAUAAUAUAUAUUACACGUGACAUUAUUUUACACGCACAAAAAGAUUUUGAUCAUGAGAUCGUAUAAAAUUUGAAAAUUAAUACCAAAUAGUAGUUACCAUCCGAUGAAUCUAGCUUCAACAGAGUCUGGCGGAAAUAUUUUAAUUAUAUCUUUAUCAUUUAUAUAUAUAUUUGUCAUUCUGACUGCUAUAUGUAUAAUUAGUGCUUGUUUGUAUUAGAGUUUCUAAUUGCGACUCUAAGAAUGUAUUUUUAUUAAUUCUAACAAUGUGCAUUUUAACUCAUGCAUUUUAUCUUGUCAGAAUAUACAGCGUGUUUGAAAAUUUAGUCUAUCGAUCGUUUUGAUUGAGAACUGAAAUUACUGUGUCCUAUUAUGAGAUGAUAUCGUUAUGAGCUGUAUAGCUCGCGCAUUUAUUUUUUUGUCGUAAUUAUAAUCAUCCAUUUACACUUGAAAAUUUUGUUUGUUAAUGCUAUUGUUAUAUUUGCAACGACUAUCUUUUAUAUUUAGCUCGUUAGAGUAUUCUGAUGCAAAGAGAAAGCCUGGAGACAAAACAAUAUUUAAAUUGGAAAGUGUUGCGAUUUAUUAUAUUUACUUAAUGGAAUGCUAUUACUUAUAUUUACGAAGAUAUCGAAGAUAUACCAAAUAACGUAUCCACUACAGUGGAUUUGAGUAAAAAUACGGCUCACCAGCGUGAUGUUCGGGGUGCACCAUACUAAGGUCCAAAUACUUGAAACAUUAUACAUCCAAAUACUUGAAAAUAUUACUUUACUCAAGCAUGCUAUAUACGUAUACAUCGCAUCUUAUUUUUAGUUAAAAUUAUCACAUGUAUGAAAAUUGAAAAUAUUGAGUACAGCAAACGUCGAAAUAAGCGAAAUACGCGAAAAAAUAAAACGCUUAUACUAACAAACGUGACAAAUUGUAUAUAUAAAAUUAUUUGUUAUUAUGCAAACAACCAAUUGUAAAUAUCCAAAUGUAAGAAAUUAUUUAAGUAUAAUAUGUUACACACA